CAUUGCUUCUCCUGGUGUCACCAGCAGAAAACCGGGCAUGCCUCGGUGCAGAAAUGAAAAGAUAUGCUGAGAAAAAAAAUUGAGCUGCCUUCUCCUGACUUGGAUAUUUAUCAUGGGUGGUGGCAAGUCUAAACUCCAUCCCUGUCCUCUCUUUUUCUCAUGGGGUAAAGGUGACUGUGUGGAAACAAAGGAAGGACAGCAGAAGCCACAUUUUGUUGCCCUAGAGAAGAUCUCCAGAGAGCCAAAGGUUACAGGAGAAGUGGAGGAGAAGGCAGAAGAGGAUGAGGAUGAAGAGUUCCUCAAGUUUGUGAUCCUCCAUGCACAAGAGGACACAUACGAGGCCCUCCGAGUCCAGAGUCUGCUGCAGAAUGAGUUUGGCAUCAAACCUGGGAUCAUCUUCGCAGAGAUGCCCUGUGGCCGACAGCACCUGCAGAACCUGGAUGACGCUGUCAACGGCUCGGCCUGGACCAUCUUACUGCUGACCGAGAACUUCCUGCAAGAUACCUGGUGCAGGUUCCAGUUUGACACAUCCCUCAUGAACUCCGUCAACAGGCAGCACAAGUACAACUCGGUCAUCCCCAUGCGGCCACUGAGCAACCCCCUGCCCCGCGAACGGACACCCUUGGCCCUUCGCACCAUCAAUGCCCUGGAGGAGGGCAGCCGAGGCUUUGCUACCCAAGUUGAGAGGAUCUUUCAGGAAUCUGUGUACGAGACCCAGAAGACAAUAUGGAAGGAGAUGAGAAAUGCAGUUCCCAGGCAUCUCACUGCCUGA